GUUAUCUCACCUUACAAUUCAGAAGAUUGUAAAGGUCUUUUAAAAGCAGCCAUACGAGACCCGGAUCCCGUUGUAUUCCUCGAGAACGAACUGCUUUAUGGAAGCAGUUACCCAAUGUCCGAUCAAGCACUCUCCAACGAUUUUGUUUUGGAAAUAGGAAAGGCCAACAUUGAAAGAGCAGGUGAUCAUAUAACACUUGUGGCGCAUUCCAAAGCUGUUGAAACAGGAUUGGAUGCAGCGAAAUUGUUGGCAGGCGAAGGAAUCGAGUGUGAAGUGAUUAAUCUUAGAUCACUGAGGCCUCUCGAUGUCAAUUCGGUUUGCAAAUCAGUCGCUAAAACAAAUCACUUGGUUACCAUCGAGGGUGGCUGGCCACAUUGCGGUAUUGGCUCCGAAAUCUGCGCUAGGAUAAUGGAAAGUGAAACCUUCUAUCAUCUAGACUCUCCAGUUAUAAGAGUGACUGGAGCUGAUGUCCCCAUGCCGUAUACUAAGAGCCUGGAAGGUUUAGCUCUGCCCCAACCAGCCGAUGUUGUCUUAGCCGUCAAGAAGGUUCUGGGAGUCAAAUGACAUGCUCAACGCAAUUUAGGUGUUUACCAGAUUCAAGAUUAAUUCAAAUUUCAGAAACUUAUCCAGAUAUAGUUUGUGUAAUAUCUAGUUGAGUCAAUGAACGCAAAUACCUCAAUAUAUGUUUUAAAUUGGUGAAAGGCUUUCAGCAGCAUUUGGUAUUAAUCAAAUCAAAUCAUUUAACGAGUUUCAGUUUCAGGAAACUUGAAAUACAUUCAAGUUGCCUGCGUAUUAGAUCCAAUCUAAUUUAAUUCCGUUUUGAUGAGAGAACUACAUGAUAGAGUAAGACGUCAAUAUUAGUAGUGGAUAAUAGACCUAGUGAAUAGGUUUGUAUGUAUAUUGAAUUUAUCGACAUUGGGUUUAUAUUUAGCCGUCAUUUGCUUUAAAAUAUUUAUUUUCAUUCGAAAAUACUAAAUAACUAGACAUGUAUGUAAAUAUAUACAAUAUACAUUAUAUACAGCUUAUUGUAUACAAUAAAGUUAUUUAUCUGUAUAGAAUCAUCACUGAAUAUUUAUGAAGGAACCAAAUUUAUUUUUCCAUUUUGACAAAAUACACAAAGUUUAUCUAUUUAUUUCAUCAAUGACAUAAAUACAUAAUCAUAGAAAGAUUGGGAACGGAAAACCAGGCUUAGCCAUGACUUUCAUUCCUGAAUUUUAAAUAAAAUUUACAUAAAGAUAGAAUGAACCAUAAUCUAUAAUUAUAAAGAAAUAACUAUAUCUCUAAUUAUUGUAGAUAUUUAUUACAGUUAUUUUUAUUUUAAUGUUGAAAACUGGAAGAGUCUAAGAGAAGAAGCAAAAAUGUAUGCGCACCAAAAUAUUUGAUCUUAAUGACAAUAAUUUAUAAAACGAUUUUUCGCCGCACAUUUCUUGAAACCAGAUAUGAAUAAUGUUUAUAUAUUUAUAUUAUAUAGAUAGCAGCUCUAUUUAUCCACCUAACACAGCUUGAUCUACAUUAUGGUUUAGCAAUAUAUAUUCCAGUAAAACUGAAAUUUAUGAUUAGCAAAUUUUUCCAGUUGUUUCAUGCAUUUUUUGAGUUGAUGCUCAACUACUACCAACUCGAUACCUCAAGUUAUCACAUUCUUCAAGUGGAAGAUUUCCAAUUUAUAUAGUGUAUAUCCAUACAAAUGUAAUACUACUACAUAUUAUUUUCUAUUGUGUUCAAUCGUCAGGGAUCAAGGACAUUCUCGAAUACCCUAUUUUAGAUGUAGUCGAACUCAUCACUUGAAAUAUUUUUGGUUAUAUUUAUAUAUUAUUCUGUAUAUUCCUAUUUGAACAUUUUUAACAUAGCCCAUUGAGGCAUUCACCUAUUAUACUUAUUGGUUACUUCUUUAUUAUACCCUCCUUGCUACUUUUGAAUUUCCAAAGGUUAUCGAUUCAAGUCAAGUUUUUGUCUGUUGAGAAAAGUUCUUCUCUACCAGUGAAUCGUUUAAAUUUUCCUUCCACUUUUCAAGGAUUCAGGUUUUUAUCUAAUUUUAUUGUGAACUCCAUUGUUUCCUCGUUUAUCGUUUUCUCUCAUUGAUACUUCUCAAUUAUUUAUUGUUGAUAUCAAUUGUUGAAAGCAAUCGAUAUCAUUUACGCAAAUUUAAAAUGUUUUUAUGAAAACUGUAUGGUAAACACCAGUUACAUUCUGAGCUGUACCAACUUUUCAAAUAUCCUAAUGGAUAUGGACGAUUUUUUAUUUUCAAAGCAAGUUGUAUCAAAUACAAUAAUUAUUGGAGAAUUGUUAUUUUUAUUAUUUUGAGGCAAUACUCUUACAAUACUCAUUCCAAACUAUUUUUAUUUGUGAAAUGUCAAACACUAAUGUUAGUUGUAGUAUAAUACAUUGUCAUUUCUGGUAAUUUAACUGUAAAGUCUAAUUCAAAUAGGCUUAUUGCAAUAAAUUAGAAUCAAGCAAGACUUUACAAAAAAUGUUUUCCAUGCAUUAUUUUUUCAAUUUCUCUAUUGCAAAUAAAAAUUGAGAAACCAGACCUCAUUUGCUAGCAUAAUAUGCAAGAACAAUAAAUUAUAUAUUAAGCAAGAGGUGCCUAGACACUAUCGACACGUAAAAUCGAAUAAAUUGAUCAGAUAAAUUUAUUGUAUGAAAAUCAAGUGUUACCGUAUUUAUAACAAGUAGUUGCUAUUCAUGAAUUUAAUUAUAGUGCUAGUGCAAUACUUUUUUUUAACAGAGAGUUAUUUUGAUUUCUACUAUCUAUCUGAAUAUUGCUGUUUUGAAAUGUAGCAAUACUCAUGUUCUUUGGAUGUCCUAUGGAUUUCAGUUUUAAAUUAUCAGAAUAUUGAGAUGAAUUGGUUUGAACUAUGAUAUUAUCUUUCAUCUGGUGGAAUUAUUUUAUUAUCUACUCUAGACGAUGUACCUAUAUUUAUUGUGAAGCAAAGCUUUGUAAAUAAAAUUUUCAUAAAAUGAAUUUUGUACAAAAAAAAAAUAUAUAUAUAUAUUUCAGAGUAUGAA